CUGCAGACAGAUCCAGCACAUUCAUAACCAGGCUUGUCUUUUCCUGUUCCUGCCGCUCUCCCGUCUGUCUCCCGUUGAAUCCUAUCGUCGAGCGUUAUCUCGACGAGAACAAGCAAAGUCAGUUAAUAAAUCAACACACACGAGGCUCGACACCUUCUCGACCGACUUCGACCAGGCCUGCUGCUUUUUUUUUCUCGACUCGGCUCGACCACCAACCCUCCCCCCUCCUCUCCGACACCAUGCGCUUCUCCCGCGCACUCGUCUUUGCCUCGGCGCUCAUCGCCACGGCCAACGCCAUCGCCAUCGACCUGCCCACCAAGACUGAGGCUGUCGUCGUCGUCGAGGCCCGCGGCCACGCCUCGCACAAGCCGUCCAAGACGCCCCCUGGCCCGCCCGGCCCGUCCGCCACCCCCGGCGGCGGCGACGACGGCGGCGAGAGCGAGUGGAACGGCGGCAAGCACAUCUACGCCGACGGCUGCGGCGAUGUUUGUCUGUCGGUCAAGGACGGCAAGCUCGAGAAGGGCCAGCCCGUUGUUGUCGACAAGUGCACAAACGUCCCUGCCCAGUCGUGGGACAUCCACCGCGGCAACGGCGCGAUCCGCCUCAAGGGCACCGACUGGUGUCUCGAGGCCGCCGACGACCCGGCCGCAAAGGACAGCGUCAAGCUGUGGCGCUGCUACCCCGGCAUUGCGGCGCAGUCGUGGCUCUGGGGCGACGACAACACCAUCUCGCUGCCAGACCAGCACCUCUGCCUCGACCUGACGGACGGCGACAAGACGCCCGGCAACGCGGUGCAGACGUUUCAGUGCUUUGCGGGCAACACGAACCAGAUCUGGACCACCAACAUCAAGGACAACUAACCGUUGCCCAAUAUACCCGGAGCAUACCCUAAUAGACUUCCUCGCCGCUCUUGAAUGAUGACCAUGUGCGCUACUCCACCACGAACAAUGGCUCUUCAUGGCUGUGCGUCUGGACAUUCGCCGCUCGCGGCACCCCACACUCGCUGUAUUCUCCAUACUGCACACCGCUGUGUGCUGCUCUAUAGUGGUCGCUACUGGCCGUAUAUUCAUUGCUCUCACCACCACGGACAAUUUGCCAUACAGAGGCGUGUGGAUGUGGAUGCAAUACAGUUGCUUAGAGG